GAGCCCACAGGGAUGAGAGUGGCCGUGGUGGGCGCGGGGGUCAGCGGGCUGGCAGCCACCAAGUGCUGCCUGGACGAGGGGCUGGAGCCCACCUGCUUCGAGCAGAGCCAGGACAUCGGGGGGCUCUGGCGCUACACGGAGCACAUCGAGGCCGGCCGGCCCAGCCUUUACCCAUCAGUCAUCAGCAACACCUCCAAGGAGAUGUCUGCCUUCUCUGACUUCCCCUUCCCCGAGCACUUCCCCGUGUUCCUGCCCAAUGCCCUGCUCCUGGACUACCUCCAGCGCUACACCGAGCACUUCAGCCUGAGGCAGCACAUCAGAUUUGGGAGCACCGUUGUCAGUAUCCGUAAGCGCCCCGACUUUGCCACCACGGGCCAGUGGGAUGUGGUCACGGAGGCAGAGGGGAAGCAGACAUCACAGGUCUUUGAUGCUGUUAUGGUUUGCAGCGGCAAUUUCUCAGAGCCAUCCCUCCCCCUGCAGUGUUUUCCUGGCAUCGAGAGGUUCCGAGGGCAGCACUUCCACAGCAGGCAGUACAAGCAUCCUGACGUGUUCCAGGGCAAGCGUGUCCUCGUGGUGGGCAUGGGCAACUCGGGAGUGGACAUCGCCGUGGAAGCCAGCCGGGUCGCUGCAAAGGUGACCAUUAGCACCACUCGAGGAGCCUGGCUGCUCAGCCGUGUGUUUGAGCAUGGCUACCCCUGGGAUAUGAUUUUAAACACUCGCCUGAUGAGCCUGAUCAAAACCAACUUGCCUGGACCCCUUUCAUGGUGGUUGAUUAAUUAUAAGGUGAACCAGUGGUUCAACCAUGAAAACUAUGGCCUUCAGCCAGAGAACAGCUGGCUGGUGCGGGAGCCCGUGCUGAACGACGAGCUCCCAAGCUACAUCCUGACAGGCAGGAUCACCAUCAAGCCAGGUGUGAAGGAGUUCAAGGACAACUCAGUCCUUUUCCACAACUGCCCUGAGGAGGAGCCCAUCGAUAUCGUUGUCUUCUGCACGGGCUACACCAUCUCCUUCCCCUUCCUGGAAGAAUCCAUCGUCAGGGUGGAGAACAAGCACGCGUCCCUCUACAAAUACGUGUUCCCACCACAGCUGCAGAAGCCCACCCUGGCUGUCCUUGGGCUGAUUAAGCCCUUUGGAGCCAUCAUGCCCGUGGCAGAGAUGCAGGCACGCUGGGUGAGCCGUGUCUUCAAAGGCUUGUGUCAGUUGCCUCCCCAGGCUGUCAUGGAGAAGGAAGUAAAUGAGAAGAAGAAAAACCAAAUCCAAUGGUUUGGUCUGACCUUUGAUGAAGUCCUCAAAACCGAGUGGUUGGUCUACCUGGACACCCUGGCCUCCUUCAUUGGUGCCAAGCCCAGCGUGUUGAGGCUGCUCUGCACAGACCCUUGGCUGGCUCUCACCAUCUUCUUUGGGCCCUGUUCCCCCUACCAGUAUAGGCUGGGGGGUCCUGGGCGCUGGCAGGGGGCACGGCAGGCCAUCCUCACCCAGUGGGACCGUGUCCUGAAGCCCACCAGAACACGAGUUCCUGCUGGCUCCUCCAGCUCUUCCCUGUCUCUCCUGACUGUGGUGGGAUUCCUUCUGCUCCUGGCUGCUGUGAUUUUUGGUUUCCUAUAG